AUGUCGACCGCUUCCAGCACCCAUACCAUUGAUUAUACCGGCACUGACAUGUCCAGCCCGUGUUUUAACUGCUCUCAAAGCUUCAGCUGGAACAGCACGACUCCGUGCAAAUGUAUCCUGGCAUUCUCUCUCGACCAGCCCUUUGAGAGUAAGGUCUUCAUGUACUAUGGCUUGUCGAAUUUUUAUCAAAACCAUCGGCGGUACGUGAAGUCCAGAGAUGACAGCCAGCUUAAUGGAGAUGAGCGCUCACUUAAGGAACCAAGCAAAGAAUGUGAGCCGUACCGCAGUAAUGACAACAAGCCUAUAGCCCCAUGUGGAGCCAUUGCUAACAGCAUAUUUAAUGACACACUGGACUUGUUUUACAUUAAUUCCAAUGGAACAAAAACCCAAAUUCCAUUGAUCAAAAAAGGAAUCGCAUGGUGGACAGACAAACAUGUGAAGUUCAAAAACCCUGGUGGCAGUAGCCCAAAUCUUACUGCCAUUUUUAUAGACACCGCAAAGCCAAUCAACUGGCGCAAGCCUGUUUAUGAACUGGACUCAGACCCAGAAAACAAUGGCUUCAUAAAUGAGGAUUUCAUUGUGUGGAUGCGCACGGCUGCCCUCCCCACCUUCAGAAAGCUCUACCGCAUCAUUCAGAAGAACAACAUGACGCCAACACUGCCCAGAGGCAACUACACCCUGGAAAUAACCUUCAGUAUCCUUACGCUGCAUACAUAG